ACCGGCCCGGCGGGGAACACCUCCAUGCGCGGCCUCCGGACGCCCGCAGCUCGGGCCCCGGCGCUGGGCUGCAGCGAUGUCCUCGGCGGCUGUGGAGAGCUUCGUGACCAAGCAGUUGGAUCUACUGGAGCUCGAGAGGGACGCGGAGGUCGAGGAGCGCAGGUCCUGGCAGGAAACUGUCUCUCUGAAAGAGCUCCAGAGCCGGGGCGUCUGUUUGCUGAAGCUGCAGGUGUCCAGCCAGCGGACCGGGCUGUACGGACGGCUCCUGGUCACCUUUGAGCCCCGGAGAUGCGUGUCUGCAGGAGCGCUUCCCAGUAACAGCUUUGCUUCCGGUGACAUAGUGGGUCUGUAUGACGAAGGCGGUCAGCUGGCCACUGGGGUCCUGACUCGGGUCACCCAGAAGUCGGUCACAGUGGCCUUCGAUGAGUCCCAUGAUUUCCAGCUGAGCUUGGACCAAGAGAAAUCCUACCGACUGUUGAAACUUGCCAAUGACGUCACUUACAAGCGCCUGAAAAGGGCACUGAUCACCCUGAAGAAGUACCACUCCGGCCCCGCGUCCUCACUCAUCGAGGUCCUCUUCGGUGGCCGCGCCCCCAGUCCUGCCAGCGAGAUACCGCCGCCCGUCCUCAUUAACGCCUCCCUGGACGCCUCCCAGAAGGAAGCGGUUUCGUUCGCGCUGUCCCAGAAGGAGCUCGCCAUCAUCCACGGGCCGCCCGGCACCGGGAAGACCACCACCGUGGUGGAGAUCAUCGUCCAGGCCGUGAAACAGGGCUGCAAGGUGCUGUGCUGCGCGCCGUCCAACACUGCCGUGGACAACCUGCUGGAGCGCCUGGCCCGCUGCGGGCUGCGGGUGCUGCGCCUCGGCCAUCCCGCCCGCCUCCUGGGCUCUGUCCAGCAGCACUGCCUCGACGAGGUCCUCGCACGGGGCGACAGCGCCCCGAUCAUCGCGGACAUCAGGAGGGACAUCUAUCAGGCCCUCGUGAAAAACAAAAAGACCCAGGAUAAGAGAGAGAGAAGUGACCUUCGAAAUGAAGUCAAGCUGUUGAGGAAAGAGCUGAGGGAGAGGGAGGAGGCAGCCAUGCUGCAGAGCCUCACGGCGGCCGACGCGGUCCUGGCAACAAACACGGGCGCCUCCGACGACGGCCCCCUGAAGCUGCUGCCUGACAGCUACUUCGACAUGGUGGUCAUCGACGAGUGUUCCCAGGCCCUGGAAGCCAGCUGCUGGAUCCCCCUGCUGAAGGCCAGAAAGUGCAUCCUGGCCGGGGACCACAAGCAGCUGCCCCCCACCACGGUCUCUCACAAGGCUGCGCUGGCGGGACUGUCGCUCAGCCUGAUGGAGCGCCUGGCCGAGGCGUACGGCGCGGGCACGGUGCGGACGCUGACGGUGCAGUAUCGCAUGCACCAGGCCAUCAUGCAGUGGGCCUCGGAGGCCCUGUACCACGGGCAGCUCACGGCGCACCCCUCUGUGGCAGGGCACCUCCUGCGGGACCUCCCGGGAGUGGCCGCCACGGAGGAGACGGGCAUCCCCCUGCUGCUCGUGGACACGGCCGGCUGCGGGCUGUUGGAACAGGAGGGGGACGGUGACCAGUCCAAAGGGAACCCUGGUGAAGUGCGCCUCGUCGGUCUGCACGUCCAGGCCCUGGUGGACGCCGGUGUCCGGGCGAGUGACAUUGCUGUCAUCUCGCCGUACAACCUCCAGGUGGACCUGCUGAGACAGAGCCUCUCUCACAAGCACCCCGAGCUGGAAAUCAAGUCAGUCGAUGGCUUCCAGGGACGUGAGAAGGAGGCCGUGGUGCUGUCCUUCGUCAGAUCCAACAGGAAAGGUGAAGUCGGCUUCCUUGCCGAGGACCGGAGGAUCAACGUGGCCGUCACGCGCGCUCGGCGUCACGUGGCUCUGGUCUGCGAUUCUCGCACCGUCAGCAACCACGCCUUCCUGCAGACCCUGGUGGCCUACUUCACAGAGCACGCGGAAGUGCGCUCGGCCUUCGAGUACCUUGACGGCAUCGUCCCCGAGAACUAUUCCCAUGGGGGUUCCCAGGGUCCGGGCUCUUCCGCGCCUGCCAGGAAGCCUGGAGGCGGGCCGCAGGAGGGAGCCGGGGCGGCCAGAGCCGCUGCCAGGCUGGCCCGGAGGACGGCGCACGGGAAGCCCUUGGGCUCUGAGGCCCGUUUGCAGCCCAGCCUUGGUGGGGGCAGCGCAGACGGGGCACAGGACAGAGACGGUGUAGACCACCUCCGGGCAGUGAUUGCAGAGUUCGUGGCGAGUGAGCAGACGCAGCUGGAGUUUCCUGCCUCCCUGAACUCGCACGACAGGAUGCGUGUCCACCAGCUCGCCGAGGAGCACGGGCUGAGACACAGCAGUGCCGGGGAGGGCAGGGCGAGGUACAUCACGGUGAGCAAGAGGACCCCGCCUGGCACGCCGCCUCCCACAGGCGCCGCGGGCCAAGCCCGCCCCCAGCCUGAGCCCCCUAGCCCCGCGCAGACGGAGCCCCCCGUCAGCGGGCAAAGUGGCCGGGGCCAGCUGGACCCGAGGGCACUGCGCGCUCUGGAGAGGCCGCAGCCCCUGGAGAGGCCGCCGCGGACACGGGGCGGCCAGGAGCGGCCAGCCCAGGGCUCGGGGCUGCGGAAGCUGCCGGGAAAGAAGAAGAAGAAAGAAGCGAAAGAGACACUUUCUCCCCUAGGACCUGUGGCCUCAGACCUGCCCCCCGAGGAGGACUUCGACGCCCUGGUCUCGGCAGUUGUCAAGGCCGAUAACACCUGUGGUCUUGCGAAGUGUGCGGCCAGCGUGGUGACUCUGGGCCAGCUCUGCCAGCACUGUGGCCGCCGGUACUGCCUCAGCCACCACCUGCCCGAGGUCCAUGGCUGUGGGGAGAGGGCUCGUGCCCACGCCCGGCAGAGAAUCAGCCGGGAAGGGGUCCUGUACGCCGGCAGCGGGGCCAAGGACAGGUCCCUGGACCCAGCCAAGAGGGCCCAGCUCCAGAGAAGGCUGGAUAAGAAGCUGGACGAGCUGACCAGCCAGAGGAAGAGCAGAAGGCAGGGGAAGGAGCAGUGACGGCCGGGCCUCCACACGCGCUCGUCUGAGCACGCGGUGAGCGCGGGCUGCGCUGUCCCUGGGUGCUUUCUGUUCUUGUGGCUGCCGCUGGUGACAGUGCGCGACCAAACCCACGCUUCUCCACCAGGGCUGGGUGGGGCGAGGGGCCCGUGGCAGGAAGGGUCGGCUUUUGGACCCCGGCGACAAGCCUCUCCGAGAUGGCAGACAGAGCGCCAGGGCCCAGGCAGCGCCCGUCAGCCUCCACCCCUCCACCCGGCGUGCUGUGGGCUGGGCCGGGAGCGCCGCGUCCCCUCGUCCACUUGCUCGUCCCCGCCCGGGGCCGGGUCCCAGUCCCUUCCUUCCCUCCCGGUCAAAGCCGAAAUUUCAGCAUUUGAACUUGGGGUGCUGCCGUGAGGUGCAGGAGCCCUCUCUUCCCCUGGAGCUGUGCGCGAGUGCAUCCCCGCUGUCCGGCCCGGCCAGCUUUCAGAAAACCCAUGAACAUGCCCAGAGAUGGCGUCUACGUGUGCCCGUGGCCGGCUCGCCCUGCGUUGGGCUGCGACCUCACCGAGGCUGCUUCUGUCCGUCUUCUGUUCCCUGGUAGCUGUGGAGACCCCACCCUGACGCCCCUGGCCGCUCCUGGCUCCCGGGAGGUCCGGGGUCAUGCCUGGCUGUGGUUCCCGACGGCGCCCUGGCCCGUGCCAGCCCUUCCUCGGUCUGCGGUUGGGGACAGGGGCGAUGGCUGUUCCCCGAGUCUCGGCAUCGCUGACCUGCGCAAAUGCAGAGCUCUCACAGGUGUCUCCCAUGUGCUUUGCCAACUGUUUCAUUCAAGAGAACCUCAGAUGAUGUAUUAUUUUAGCCUCAGGGUUUUGUUUCAAAGAGAGAUAAAUUAUUUAAAAAUUAAAUAAAAAAUGCGUGCACAGUGUGUCGUGUGUCUAAAA